AUGGGCCUCGACCGUGACAUCAUGGGACUACACCGGGGUGCUCGCGCAGGCGUGGAACGACGUCUGCAUGAAGGUAUUCGGCUCUCCUUCAAGUUACUACUGCGUUGUGGCGCGUACAAGACUAUUCAUGAGAUCCUUACAUGUUGCCCUGCACUUGGUAGUUCAUGGGAGAGUGGCAAGGCUCUUGCGAUGCUCGGUAAUCACACGGAGGCGGUGUCAGUCUUCACACAUUUUUUGAAGAGCACUAGGCAACACUUUGCCUCUGGAAUUCUGCAGCACAUUCGUUCCAUGAUGCUGGAGGCGGUGGGUGUGCGGCAAGGAGUUGUCUGA